UGCAUAUCAAACAUAAUGCAAAAACAUCAUUUUGUUUUUGUUUAUUUUUCAAGAACAGUGCGAAUUAGUUCACACUUUCCAUCUCCAUCUCUCACCUGCACUUCACCUCUGAAAAGGGGCAUAACACCAUUUGUAAAUUUGGUCCUUUUCAAGCUAUAUGAACUUCCACCAAAUCAGCUAAUGGCGACGUCAGUGAAUGAGAUUUUGGAGAAUCCAUCUGUUUUGGAAAAUUCUUCCGUUGUAGAUGACGGCGUACUGCGCGAUAAUUGUGCACCCGAAGUGCUGCCGAAUCAUGGAAUGCAGCAGGACUCUCAAACAACGUUCUCAGAAGAAGAAGUAAGAGCCGCACUGCAGAAAAGCGCAUCCACUGGGGAGUUUUGGCUAGAUUGGGGAAAUUUGAAGAGCAUUCUGUCCUAUCAUCUUAAGCAGGUCCUCUCACAAUAUCCAGAGGCCUCAAUGACCAGCGAGCAGCAGAUUACCUCUCUUGGGGAGACAUUUCAGGAGUUGGUGGAAAGGUUGGACCAUGCUCUUCAUAGCUUUGACAAAGGCCCACCAUUUACUUUGCAAAGACUUUGCGAGAUCCUAUUGGCUCCAAGAAGCAUGUAUCCAAAGCUUUCAAAGCUUUCUUUGGCUCUAGAGAAGAAUUUAUUGGUUACGUCAAUGUUAACAGUCUCAACCGACCCGUAUCCAAUUGCCACUGAACAAAAUUCCAAUGGGGCCCAUGAGGAAAGUGUGGUUGCGCAGCCUCAUCCUGAGCUAGCCGAGAAUGGGGCCGAAAACCCCUCAACAGAUGACAGGGAUGAAAUAAUGGCUGAAGUACAGGAAGCUGAGACUGGCGAAAACACGACAAUGGACAUGGAGACCACUGAAGACAACAUCAAAUCAUCUAGGCCAAAUCCUAGUCCAACGCAGUCAAUGCAAAAGGAAUCUUAACAUUGGCAAAAACUUUAGCCCAAAAACCCUUUGUUAGAACAUGAUGUGAGAAGUUGGACGGUUGAGUUUUUUCUCGACGAGACUGAAUUGUAAUGAUUCUGGGCAGAAUGCACUUUAUACAGAACCUUCUUGAGAUGGGCAUUAUUUCCUGAUCCUUGCCUAUUUGCACUGUAUUUCGCUUCACCUUUACAAAUUGUAGAUCGAUAUUCCAAGUACGCUGGUGUGCAUUGUUGAAUGGUAUUUGCAUUUUUAAUCCAGUUUCAACUUCAGAGAGUUGAUUACUAAAAUGGGGAGACGGGUUAAUGGAUCCAGCUUCAGUAUCUUUUCAUUUUAUGUUUUUCCCGGUGAACUGUAAAUUACCCUAGAGCAACCUUGAGAUUCAUAAUAAUGGGAGUUGUUUACAGAUUGAGAUGUGAAUCAAUAUAUCUCC